AAAAAGCUUGCAGGGUCGGUGAAUGGAGGUCACCGCAGACACUGAGUGAGUCUCGGCGCUGAGACAGAGAGGGGGAGAGGGAGGACGGACAGCGGCCAGCCGCCUUCAAAAAUGGCGUCUCCGGAGGAAAAUGAGAAAAAAUAUUAAAACGCGGCCUGCUUUCUUUUCACUUCCUAGUUCGGUUUUUAAGAUUUUUUUCGUACUAUUGCUGUAUUUUCGCCAUGUGGACAAACUCGUCGUCGCUUUUACUCGGGUAGCUUAAGAAAGAAGAGAAAUUGGGAGCGUUUGGGGAAAUAAAAGCAGCCCUGUUUUAUUUUGAUGCGACGUUACUGACAGCUAGCAUCUGCUGCUAGCCCACAGCUCUGCUCCGGAGGGGGGGGUGGGAACGAUUUGCAUGCAAAGAAAAAAGAUUUUGAAAUUGGGGAUUUCUUUGCUCGUCCAAGGGGAAUGAUUGCUACCAACGUGGCCCAUCGAUUGCAAUCUUUUCUGUUGCUAGCAGCGUAGCAAAGACUAGCCUGAAGAAAGGGGAGGAGAGACGGUGAAAAGGACGCAUUCAAAUCAAAUGUUUAUCAGCUAUUCGUCCAUCAGGGGCCAAAUCCGCGGCAUCUUCAUCAUGACCGUGACUGAUUGUGGACUAAAUCAGCAAUCGUGGAAAUGAUAAACGUGAAAGGCGCAGGAAAAGGAGAAAGACUGGCUUUUUUGGAGGUGGUUGGAUUAUAGCCCCGUAGACCCCCCUCUUUUUUCAUCCAGCUUUCUCCUCCUCCCCUCCAUUUCUCUUUCAAUAUGCUGUUUUCCACUCCUGAGGACUUGCUUAUGAAACCGGGGAAAAAAGCCUGAAACCGAGAACUGGAAAGACUGGGUUUUUUACCCAUAAUCUGCGUGUUGCUUUCGUCCUCAUCGCACACAUUGUACAGCACAUAAAUGGAUAGAAAUUACCCGGGAACAGGGUUUGGUGAUUUGGGCGCAGGAGCAGGAUGGAGUUACGAGAGAUCGGCUAAAGCAAGUCUUGUAUACGGGAGUUCCAGAUCAUCCCACCCUGAGUCUGAGCUCCUUCACCGACAAGCCUACGCCACCCCACACCCUCUGCAGGGCUAUGCCACCAAUCACCACCCAGGGAGCUCUGGCCAAGGCGGGGCUUGGGGAGCAGCUGGACGGAGUUUGGGUUUGUCUGGGCUCUUUGACACGGGUCUGCACCAUGCCAGCCCCUCUGCUCCAGAUGCCUCCGUCAUGAAUCUGAUUUCAGCCCUGGAGUCCAGGGGUCCCCAGCCUCCACCCUCUGCUUCAUCCCUACUCUCCCAGUUCCGCACACCAUCCUGGCAGACAGCGAUGCACACGCCUGCUCCUCCUGAACUAUUCAUCUCUGGAGCUCUUCCUGGCUCUGGCUCCUUCCCCUCCUCCUCAGCUCUCUCAGCCUAUCAGCAUCCAGCAUCAUUCUCCAGCCGCUCCUUCCCUGCCACCUCCCUCACUCUCCAGGAUACCCCCACAUUUAGCCCCACAUCCAAUGGCCUACUCUCUCCACAUGACCCCCUUCUACACAUCAAGGCCCCUUCCCAGUCCAGCCUGGGUUUUGAUAGACUCCUGUCCUCGCAGGGUGCUGCUGCAGCGGCUUAUAGGGGCAGCCAGGAUCCUACGAGUGCCACAUCAGCUCAGGCCUCCUCUGCCAGGCACCUGCAGUCACACCAGUUCAACCUGCUGUCAUCACAACUCCAAGACCAGUCGUCUCAGCUGUACAAUGCAUCUGUCUUUUCUUCAGCUCAGCCCCAGCCCCAGUCCCAGUCCCAGUCAAAUUCGGCUCAGGAGCGGGCCGUGCCUCGUCAGGACAGCGUAAUCAAGCACUACCAGCGGCCCACGCCAGCUCAGUCUCAGCUCUCAUCCUCUGCUGCUCACUCCCUACAGCACUACCUCAGCUGUGGAGGAGCUGGGUACCAGCAGAUUGCCACCCACCACAGGCACGCUGGCCUUUCUUGCAGCCCGCUAGGUGACCAGAGCCCCUCAUCUGACCACAAGCCCACAUCUCGCACUGAACAGUAUAGGCCAAUUAUUCAGCCUCCCUAUUCUUCAUCUUCCUCAUCGUCAUCCUCUUCUUCAGCCGGGAAAGGUUCCAAAAGCAGCUCCAGCAGCGGCUAUUCUUCUGCCAGCUCAGCUUCAUCCUCAAGAACUCCCCACACCCCCCCUUCUGCUUCCUCUACCUCUUCCUCCUCCUCUUCUUCUUCUGCCACCUCUGGGGCUCAUCCCUCCAACUCUAUUCCAACCUCUAGCUCUAGUGCUGCCCCAUCAAGGCAGCAGCCCCCACCUCAACCUGCUCCCCCUCCCCCUCAGCAGCCCCCUUCAACUUCCUCUUCAGCCCCCCAGUCUCUUCCCAAAUCCUGCCUGUCAGGCUACGGCUCUCCUGUGCCUCCUGUGAAGACCCCCACCUCUGCUCUUACUGGUCAGACCCCACCCCAACAACAGGCACAGUCAUAUUCCCCUAAUCAGCCUCCUACCUCCCACCUGGCUCAGUCCUAUGGAGGGUUCAGCUCACCACAAGCCCAAGACCUGAGCUCUGGUACAGGAGGCAAAGGCUAUGGGAGUUUAGGAGGACGGAGUCAGUCAUACUCCACUGAUAUUUAUGGAUCGGACUCUGCCUAUGGAUCACUACCAUCUUCUCUGGGUGGAGCAGGCAGCCCAUCACUUGGCUACGGAGCCCCUGGUCACUCACCUGCCCUUUUAAGGUCAAGUGGUUCAUCGGGAAGUGGAGCAUCGGGAGGAGGGAGUAGUAGUGGCACAGCAAGUGGGAACUCUGGCUCAGGUGGUGGAGCAGGAAAUAGUAUGACAAAUGAGAGAGGUGGAGGUGGUAGUGGCGGAGGGUCUUAUCAUAUUCCAGACUCGAGCCCCUCUCCAUCUGGCAACUCGGGCAUCAUCCGUCCGGGGUUGCACUCUCCAGUGCCAACCUGUCCGACACAAUCUCCAGGUGGUGCAGGCUCUAAUAAAUACAUCUCAUCAGUCCUAUCCCCCACUUUCCUUGCCUCCCCACAGGGCUACCCUGACACCCGAGGUCCCAGCACCCAACCUCAGUCCUAUCAUUCAACUUCCUCCAAAACUAAAGAUACUUCCAUGCUGGGAGUGGGCUCUCAGAGAUCCCAAGAGGAAGUAGAUGAUGAUGAUGAAUUCUUGAUUCAGCAUCUGCUGCAAGCCCAAGCGAGUCCUGCUCCCCAGACUGCACAUCACCACCCUCAACAACAACCACAACAGGCAUCCCAGCAAACCCAGUCUCAGCCCCAGUCAGUGACCCCUACCACUGAUUCAGGCAAAGGGCUGACCUAUGAUAUAGGCAAAACCUCUGAGGAGAGGUACCACCCCCAGAGUGUAAUACGUACCCACAGUGCCACAUCAUCUGCUGGAGUAGGUAAUGCAGGGUCUGGAUCCAUUUCAGGGCUGGAAAACCAGCUGGAGAUGUCACUUAAGAAACAACAGCAACAACAUCAACAACACCAUCAUCAACAGCAACAGCAGAGGAAUGAGAGGUCUGUGGGAAGCAGCAGGAGCAGCGGAGGGAGAGGCAGUGCUGAACAAGUGCACUCCCAUUUGCAUCAUCAUGACAACCUAGGGACAGUAGUCCAUUAUGGGCGGGGUGACCCAUACACCCAACACUCCCUUGCUGCCCAACACUCCUCUCACAGUCAGCACGUGUCCUCACACUCCCAGAUACCGUCCCACACCCAAAUGGAGCUCCAAAAGAAGCCACAGGAACACGCUGACAUCCCUUAUCCACGGAAAACCCCUGAAGUUCAGCAACAACAUUCCCAGUCUCAAGCUGCCAGCUCCCUUAUGGAUUCACCCACUGAUCAGUCUCGUCAGCCACCACACCUCCUCCAGUCAGUGCUGUCCCACACCACCCGAAACAAGCUGGAGCCUCACCAACAGCACCAUAAGAUGGAGUCACAUCAACAUCAACAACAGCACCACAAGAUGGACUCUCAUCGGCAACACCAACCACAUCAUAAAAUGGACUCCCACCAACCCCAUCAGCAGCACCCAAAAAUGGACUCCCACCCUCAGCAUCAACAGCACCAGAAGAUGGACUCCCAUCAGCAUCAGCAGCACCACAAAAUUGAUUCUCAUUCGCAACACCAACAGCACCAUAAAAUGGACUCUCACCCCCAGCAGCAGCACUCAAUUAACCAACAGCAAGCUGUGAUGGAUAAUGCUGGUGGGACACUGGGCUCAAGUAAACACCAGGCCCAGUCACAGUCCCAAACCACCCAACUCCAGCUUCAGCUACAGUCACAGGCUUUGGAGGUGGCAGCAGCCCACUACAAUCAUGGCCCACCUCCGCAUCAGCAUGAGCAGAGCCAGGUCAAACAAAGCUCGGUGGUGUCUUCUUUGGACAUGCUUGAGCGCUCCCUCUCUCAGACCUCCAGCACUGACGUAGCUGUUUCUGAGGAUAGACGCGGUGGAGCAGGCAGUGGGGGGAGGAGUGGAAGUAGCAGCGAGCGUCACCGGCAGCAACAGGAGCAGCAGCAGAGGCAGCACCCAUCACACCACCACUCACAGCAGCACUCCGCCUCAGAACUCCACUCCUUCCUCUCAGAGCCUGAUAUUGGCUUGUCAACUCCGUCUCACAUGCACCAUCUUUCCCAGCACCACCAGCAGCAGCAGCAACAACAACAGCACCCCAGCUCUCAGCACCAACAAACCCACACCCACCACCCUCACACCCAACCCCACCCUCAUCAUAUACCCCCACAGUCAGCUCAGUCAGCCCACUCCCAGCCUCAACCAGACCCACAGCAGCCCCUUUCAUCCCAGCUCACCCCCCAGCAGAGCCAGCUGGACCAGCAGCGAUCAGAGCAGCACCAGUUUGACACAGUCAGUCCGGUGGAGAAAGCAGACCAGAGUCAACAAAGUAAUCGCUUUGUACCCCUUACUUCCAUUUGCUUCCCGGACUCCCUCCUCCAGGAUGAGGACCGCUCCUUCUUCCCAGGAAUGGAAGACAUGUUCUGUGCGGAAGACUACAAGUCCAGCUGUGCAGGAGGUGCAGGACCAGGGCAGGAGGAGAUGAAUGAAAGCCACACAGGGCAGGAGGCAAUGGAUUCAAUGAAAGCUGGACAGAGUGCAGGUGGAGCAGGGGGCAGUAGUGGAGCCAGUUAUGACAUAAUGGGUCACCAUGGUGGAGAUCAGGGGUAUGAGCCCUAUUGUCACGGCUUGGAAGAACCACCAAACACCAUGACUCUGGAUCUAGACUCCCUUAAAACCCAUGAGCUCCCUUCCACCGUCAACACUGAGCAGCUUGGAUUGAUUCAGUCCCAGGCCCCAGCUAUGGGAAUGGGCUCCAACACUGCUGGACCUAACAACCCAGGAGCCAAACUUCCCUCUGGACCUGGAGGAACUAGCACAGGAGCGGGUUCUGGAGGCCUCCAGUCACCCAUUUUCUGCUCGUCACGUCCCAAAAAGCUCCUAAAGUCCAGCUCCUUCCAUCUGUUAAAGGAGCGCAGAGAUCCAAACACCCUGCCUAAGAAAAGUUACGCUCAAGAAUAUGAGUUUGAAGACGAUGAAGAUAAAGCUGAUCAGCCAGCUGACAUCCGAUUGAAUAGCAGGAGACUCCCAGACCUGUUGCCGGACUUAGUAUCGAGCUGCAGAAAAGGAGGGGCAGGAACAGGGUCUCUCAGUCCUUUAAUGGGUGACAUUGACUUUUACCACUCAUCUGGAUACUCCUCUAUGGGUUCACACUCCCUUAUGCCUCAGGAUGGACCAAAGAAGAGAGGUCGAAAGCCAACCAGACCCAAAAGAGAGGGUCCACCAAGGCCAAGAGGCAGGCCUCGCAUCCGCCCCAUGCCUGAGCCCUACACUCCACGAGGGAUGCUGGGGGAGAUGGGAGGAACAACAGUUGGAGGGGGGUUCAGCGUGGAAGGCCGAGGCAGGGGAAGAGGCCGUGGAAGCAGAGGAAGAGGUGGAAGGAGGGAGGAUAUGUACAUAGAAAUGAGCGGGAAAGAGCAGGAGCAGAUGCACCAUCAUCAUCUCCAGCAGCAGCUUCAUCACCAGUCCCAACAGCAGCUGCAUGAGCCUAUUCCACCUCUGAAGAUCAAGUUACCAAUCGGUACCCUGUCCUCCUCCGAUGCCUUGCUGAGGACAGACUCUUUGUCCGGCACAGACCCGGCUUUGUCAGACGGUUCAGUUGGCUCCGCUCCCUCGCUGGGUUUAAGUCCUGGACCUCCGUGCGGCACUGACAGCUCCAGAAACCAGGACAAGAACAAACAGAAGAGUCAGAUGAUGAGUGAAGGUGUGGAUGAUGAGGGGCUUGAGGAAAGGGGUGAUGAAAAGGACUCUGAGUCCAAAGCUGGCUUUGUUGCUUCAUUCCUGGACUUCCUCAAAACCGGAAAGAGACCUCCAGGCUUGGACAUCUCACCUGGAAUGGAAGCUGACAACGGUGACUCCUCACCGUGUAAACCAGGAGGUCUGCGGCCUCUGUCUCCUGCACCUCCUCCUCCACCACCUCCACCUCCAUUCGGGGACAGCGAGGGAAAUGGGGGUCUGGCCCUGGGUAAUUGCCCCAGCCCCAAACGCUUAGAAGAUGAGCUGAAGAGGAACCUGGAGACGCUGCCAUCAUUCUCCUCUGAUGAAGAGGACUCUGUGGGGAAGAACCAGGACCUCCAGAAGAGCAUCUCCUCCGCCAUAUCUGCUCUGUACGACACUCCUCAGCUACCCUCAAACAUCCAGCCCUCACUCCCUCCUCCUCCACCUCCCCAGCCUCAGCCGCAGCCCACACAAUCCCCGCUUACUCCCACACUGCCCCCCACGCUUAGUCCACAACCCACAAUGCACACGUCUCACACCCUGCCUCAGUCAAAUGAGCCUGAUGUCCUUCAGGACGAAGAUGGAGACAUGGAGGAGAACAAAGAGGAGGAGAACGAGGAGGAGAGGAGCACAGGAGGCGAUGAUGAGAAUAAUAUGACGGAGGAGAGGGAGGCACAGCUGGAAACACUGGGUGCCACUAAUCUUGAUGCUCCCCUUCCAGAGAUUCCUCCAGCACCAGAAACUCCUCAACCUCCCUCUGCACCACCAUCCCCAUCCUCAUCCUCCUCUCCUUCCCACUCCCCUCUCCCUCCACUUUCUCUCCCUUCCCCCCCACCUCCACCAGAAGAAGAACAAGAAACUUCCCAGCCUCCAAGUCCUGUUGCUCCCACAUCUCCCUCUCCGCCACCUCCUCAACCCACAACUCUCCCUCAGCCUGCCCCUGCCACUCCAUCUCCUCCUGCUCCCCCUGUUUCAUCUUCCCCUCCUCCUCCUCCUCCUCCAGCGUCUGCUCAGAAGGAGUCUCCAAUGCCAUCUCCAGAGUCCCCCGCAUCUCCAGAAGAGCCACCGCCUCCUAAGAUCACCUCCUUGCACCUUGCCCAGAAGCAAGAAGACGCCGCUAUCGUUGGGGAGAGUGAGGAGGACGAGAGCGAGAGUGGUGGGGAGGGAAUCUUCAGAGAGAGAGACGAGUUUGUGGUGCGGGUCGAGGACAUUCGAACUCUCAAGCUGGCCUUGCAGACGGGCCGUGAGCCUCCACCCAUCUGGAGGGUGCAGAAAGCCCUCCUUCAGAAGUUCAGUCCAGAGAUCAAAGAUGGACAGAGACAGUUCUGUGCCACAAGCAACUAUCUCGGUUACUUUGGAGAUGCUAAGAGGCGAUACCAGCGAAUCUACGUCAAGUUUCUGGAAAACGUCAACAAGAAGGAUUAUGUUCGAGUCUGCUCUCGGAGACCAUGGCGCAGGGCAACACCAGCUCUCAGGCGCCAGUCCCUCCCCAGAAUGGCUUCUCCUCCUGCCUCCCAAGCGCCAGCAAAAGUGGUCGACAAAGAGGAGAGGGUGGCUCCACCACCAGUCCAGCGUGAGCAGAGAGAAAAAAACAGAACAUCCACAGCAGCAGCAGCAGCAGCAAAGGAACAGCGAGAGAAGAAGGAGGCUCCGGUCGCUGUGCCCAAAGCAAAGGAACGAGAGAAAGAGAGGGAGGCCAAGGAAAGGGAGAAGGAGAGAGAGAAGGAGAAGAGAGUGCAGCUGCAGCAACAGGAGAAGGUGGAGAAACGAGCUACGGCAGCAGAGCAAAGGAGAGCGAAGGAGGAGAAGAAAGCUGUGGAGAGGAAGGAGAAGGAGAAGGCCGAGCGCCCGCCAAAGUCCAAGCCGGCCAAAGUGAAGGCAGAGCCGCCGCCGAAGAAGAGGAAGAAGUGGCUGAAGGAAAUCCCUUCAUCUUCUGACUCUGACUCGUCGGAUGAAGCAGCAAGCGAGAAUGAAAUGCCAGUAAAAGGAGGAGUGAACAACCGUGCCAUGAGGGAGAUGUUCAGGAGCUACGUUGAGAUGUUGGUCAGCACAGCGUUGGAUCCUGACAUGAUCCAAGCUUUGGAGGACACAGACGAUGAGCUCUACCUCCCGCCGAUGAGGAAGAUUGACAGCAUCCUGAGCGAACAGAAGAGGAGGCUGUUGAGGAGAAUCAGCAUGAGCUCUCAGCAGCAGGAGGUCCUGCACGCGUACCCUCAGAUCAUUGUGGACCCCCUGGACUCAGGCGUUGUGAGGGUGCGGUUAAGCGGGGACGCUUACAACCGCAAGACCCUCAAUAGAGUUAAAAAGACCCUGCCUAAACCACAGGACCUUAAGCUUUCAGCUGACUCAUAUCGGAUCUACAGUCUGUACCACUCCCUCCAUCACUAUAAGUACCAUACCUUCCUACAGUGCAAGAAAGAGACCAACACCAUCGAGCAGGCGGCCGAGGAUCCGGGCCAGGAGGAAGUGGUGCAGCAGUGCAUGGCCAACCAGAGCUGGCUGGAUACGCUCUUCAGCUCCUUCAUCGAGCUGCUCACGCUCAGCUCCAAAGCCUGAGCUGCUUGCAAAAACAAGAGACAAAGAAUUUAAGGUUAAGAGGAUUUAAAAAAAAAAGAAGAAAAUCCAAAAAGGAAAAUGAUGGAUCCCACUGUACAGCCCCCCCACCACGUCUUCUUCAAAUCUCUAAGAUCUGAGGAUGGAUUUUUAAGGCCCUUGACGAACACAAAGAGGUCUGUUCAUGUGACCUCGGACACUGGCCUCUGUUCUUUUUCUUGUUGUCGAUCAAUGACUAAAGAAUUGUCGUACUUUGUGAGGAAGGGGGACCCCACCCUGCCCUACCAGAUCAGGGGUCGCUGGUGGGUCAGAGGGAAUUGUUGAAAAGGGAGCGAAGGACAAAGAGGAGGAGCCGAAAAAAAAAGCCAAGUCGACCGAGGAGCAACUGACAUUGUGUUAAGCGUGCGUCAUAAAGACGAUAGUUCAAAGAUAAACUAUUACCACUUAGUUUUUACAUAAAUUAUUUUUUGAAGACUAACAUCAGCUGUCGGCUUUUGAAAAGAGUGGAAGAGGGUGAGAAUGCUUUUUAAACUGCGUGUGGAGUGUGCCGUGAGCAGCGUGAGCAUGGACUCGUCCAGGAUAGAAACAUGAAAUGUGAUAAAACGCUCUCUUUCUCUCUCUCUCAUCCUGUGCUAUGUGAAGGGCAGCUCCAGUCCGCUGUGUGAUAAUAUAUAAACACAUUUUUAUUAUUUAUAUGAGGAGGUUUUUAACUUAAACUCUCACAAGCGCUGGGUUUGCUGCCCGAAACAUUUUAAAUACCUUUUAUUUUCUACAGGUUCAGUAUACAGUCGUAACCCACAUAUCCAAGCCGUCUUCCCCUCUAUACAAACAGACUGAGACAGAAAUAUUGGAUGUAGUACAGUGGGUGUAAAAUAAUAAAAAAGAAAGAAGAAAAAAAGAAGAAGAAGAGGACGGGCAGAUCUAUUUGAAACUUAACAUUGUUGUGCUUCAGUUCAAUCAUCAGUCAUGCAGGUGCAAAGAAAAAGAAGUAAACUAUCCGUUCCCCAUGUGGGAAGAAGGAGUAUAAAUAAGUAAUAUUUAAAGAGGAAAUAGUCAUUUCAUUUUUAUCAUUUUGAUGUUUGUGCAUACUACGACUUAUUUUGAAAACAAUCUAAUUUUCCAUAAAAAAGGAAAAAAAAAUGUUUGUAAAUAUUGUACAGUUCUUGAUGAAAUUCUUUGUCCUUCUGUACAUUAACUCUCCUGUAUUUGAGAAACAAAUAAAAUCUGCA